CUUUCAAGUUGUGGUGUUCAGUGCUGAGGUUUGUCUGGGCCGUGUAUUGACCACGCUGUGCGCAGGACAAGCUUGCGAAUAGCUUUUUUUUAAAGAUUGAUUGCCAUAGUCUACAAGAAUGAGGCUGGCCCUGAUGCUUUGGCUACUUUUCCCCGCUGUAUAUGCGACAUGGUACAACGACCAUGUGCCUUUUAAGUGCGGUGGAAAUGUCAAAUUCUCAAAAAUCUUCUUGUGCGAUGGAAAACGACACUGUCCCAACGACACAACGCAGUCUUUCUGUGCCGACGAUGAAGAUUCUGAAAUGUGUGUGACAAGACGAUAUCUACCACCCAAAGAAUUGGUUUUGAGGACGCAAAGCGAAAACAAUUUGACCGUGUUGAUCUCAUGGUCAUUUGAAGACUCCGCUAUAGCGGAGCCUGAAGUCGAACUGCCGAGCGACAACGAGGACAGCGAAAACGUGCAUUUGGCUGGAUACGUACUUUCCGGAACUUCAGAUCAUCAUAGCUUUAGGAAGACUUUUACGACACAAGUCAAUGAAUACCGUGUCUCGCAUCUGAAGCCGUGGACACUGUACGAAAUAGUUCUACGACCGUACUACACUUCUGAUGGUUCUGUUCAACCAAUUUACAAAGUUGGAAAGGCAGCAUAUAAGAUAUACCGGAGCGAAGCCACAGCUCCAACAGCUCCCGCCUAUGCCGAAGUGUUGUCUGUAGCGGACAAGAAAAUUUCGAUGAAAGUUCGAGAUCCACUCCAUUGGAAUGGCGAACCAGGCGGGUUCUGGGUUCGCUGGGAGACCCAGGAUAAUCUGCCAGAGCGCAGAGGCCAGGCCUACUUCGGCAUACCUAAAACACGUUUCUUGGGAAAUCAGUACCUGAAGAUCUCCGUGGACCUUGUACCUGGAAGACACUACGGGCUCUAUACUUCAGUGGAGAAUUUCGGCCACCAGAACGAAAGCUUCAGGGGCCCCGAAGUUUCCACCUCCGCCGUAGUUCCGUGCACGGACCCUGUUAGCGUCACGGCGAUAGCCACUGGGCCUCACGAUGUGACCGUUACCUGGAGGAGUGAAAGUUUUGUGGAAUAUUUUGAGAUUUCAGCCGUAGCCCUGGAUGCCUCUGAAACAGACAAAAAGGAACAAAGUGUACCGCACGACGAUGAAGCCGUCGCAAGUAACAAUGCAUUCCUGAGUCCACAGGAAGUCCUCAUUAAUGUGACGGCAGAACACAAUGCGGCGCCAGCGUAUAACAUAACGUUUCAUAAGCUGAUUUCAUCCUCAAUUGUAUCAGUCCGUGUUAAGAGCUGUGGCAUGGGAAAAUGCACGCCUGGAAUUGUGACGCCCAUUUUCAAACCAUCAGAUCAUCCUCUGUUCUUCGAAGUGCUAAACGUUACCAUGACUUCAUUCGAAGUGAGGGUUGCGCCUAGCCGCUACUCUCACUAUCAAGUGCGAUACUGCAACAAAGAUGGCGUCUGUAAAACAAUUUUCACGCCCGGGUCGGUAAGUAUCGUCGACCUGAUGCCUGGCACAACGUAUACAGUCGACGUACGAGAAGGCCUGAGAGACGCCAAUGGGCGGGAACUUCUGGGACCAGCCUCACGAAAGCGUGUAUCAACUGGAAAAGACGAUUCGUGCGUUUACAACAUCACUGCUCCUCGUGGCGAAAUUUCUAGUCCAAAUUAUCCCAACAUAUACCCGAAUAGUGCUUCAUGUUCGUGGCUCAUCGAAACCUUUCCAAGCUUCGGAAUAAGGCUGGUAUUCAACGACUUUGAACUGGAGAAGGACAACAAAUGUAUCAGCGACUAUGUGUCUGUCUAUGACGGCAACGACACGAACGCUCCGACUCUCGGAACAUACUGCGGAAACACAGCGCCCUUGCCUAUACUCUCCUCGUCCAACCAAGUAUACAUGGUCUUCGUGAGUGAUAACGAGGUGCAAGGAAAAGGCUUCUCUGCAACCUACACACAACUGGAAAUGGCCCUUGUGGCGAGACGAGGCAGUGAGCAAGGCAUCUACUCCCAUGCCGAGUACGCAAACCAGCUUUAUGAAAACAACAUUGAUCGCCAUUGGGUCAUAAAAGCGCCAGAUGGACACGUACGCUUAAGGUUCGUUCGUUUUGACAUUGAGGCCCACGAUUCCUGCGGGUUCGACUACGUCAAGGUCUUCGAUGGAGGUGACGAGUCAGCUCGACUUCUGAAAAUAUUCUGCGGAGACCAGCUACCAAGCGAGAUCACUUCAUCAUCGGACUCCUUGCUGCUCCGGUUUCACACGGAUGACAGCGGCACCAAGAGCGGAUUUGUGGCGCUUUAUUCUGCCGUCGAAUGA